AUGGCACCUUUUUGGAUUGCGUCAAUUCUGUUGGCUAUUGCAACCAUUAAUCACAACAACAAUGGCAUUGUUCAAGCCGAUAUUUUAUAUGCAGGUAUUGUCUAUGGAACGCCCGGAAAUAACACACCUGACACAACUGUAGCAUUGGCUGUUUGCCGUAAAUAUGGUAUUCGGAGAAUAAGGAUUAUGGAAACCGAUGACCUUGCAAUCCAAUCUCUAAGGAGUAUGGGAAUUGAAGCAACUCUUGGCGUAAAAGAUGAAUAUUUGCCUGGCCUAGCAUCAAGCUAUGAAACUGCAAAGUCAUUGUUUGAAAUCUAUUUGCAGCCCUACGUUCCUUCUGAAUUUGUCGUUAACUAUAUUGUUGUUGGCAACAAAGUUAUCCCUGGACCCAAUGGCAAGUAUGUUUUGCCGGUAGUGAAAAAUCUUCAAAGGGUACUCGCCGAUAAGAACUUAACUCAAAUAAAAGUGGCAACUGCGGUGUCCACUGACGUAUUGAGAACGAUUUUUCCACCUUCACAUGCUGCAUUCUCAGAAAAGGCACAAGGGGAUUUGAUACCACUUUUACAACAUUUACAAGAAACAAAUUCACCCUUAUUCAUCGAUGUGUAUCCUUACCAUUAUUUUGCAGCCGGACAAAUCCGUCAGGAUUUUGCAACAUUUUCUACACAUAAAGCUCAGUAUUGGGACAAGACGUUAGGUUAUUGGAACAUGUUUGAUGUCUUGGUGGAUGCUUUCCUUUGGGCAAUGGAGAAACGUGAUUUGGAUGUGAAAAUGGUUAUUGGUGAAACAGGCUGGCCUGCCGAUGGGAAUGGUGGAUUGACUACUCCAGAACUUGCAAGGACAUAUAAUCAGAAUUUUCUAAGACAUAUCACUGCAGGACAUGGUACGCCAAAAAGACCAUACACUUACCGGGAAGGGUUUAUUUAUUCCAUGUUCUAUGAAAAUGAUAAACCAACAGGAAUUGACCAAAGGUUCAUGAUAUUGCAGAAAGCAUUUGGGAAACCAUUGGAGAGGUCUGAAGGUCACCUGAAUCCACAUAUGAUGAUGGAGUAUGAGAGGUAUGGUCGUUUGAAACACUAUGACAAACAAUGCGAGCUAUGGAUUCGUAGCAAGAGCUCUCCAACCACUAAUAAACAACAGUUCGAUUCCUAUCUCAGAGCGGCACCAUAUCAGACAGGUGGAAGAAGGGAAAUUCUGGUGCCUGAGUACUAUGGUCAGGUGGCAACGACUGAGAAAGUUUAA